AUGACCUCCUCAACGACUACGAAAUCCGACGCAUUGGACGGCAUUUUCCACUCCUCAUCUGACUCCGCCGACCCACCAACUCUUGCUUUUCUGGACCUUGAGGCUGUGGGAUCGCGCCGUGAUAUGUCAGUUAGGAUUUCAAGCUGCAACAGAGUGAAUCUUCCGGUCGAUAAUCUCCGGUGGAAACACCAGCAGCGUCUCCGACCAACCAAGGAGAUAGAGGACCCAUACAUCGCCGCCGUGCUGAUCGCCUUAGCCCAACAGCGGCGGUGCACACAGAGCGCAGGCGCAAAGGCGAACGGGGCUAUUCCAGAGGUACACGUGGAAUACAUUUCCCCUACGGGGCCCCCGCCGAUUCCUCCACGAUUGCCAGGCGAUAUCGCGAUAGGCCAACAGGCUGUGACGGACGCUAAAGUUCAUGUUCUGGCUCUUCCCGCAACGGAUGAACGAAGCCUUUACUUCUACACAGCUCUCAUCCCUUCUGCUUUCCUGAACCGACUUGACAGGCCGUCGCAAUGGUUCUCAAGUAGUCCUGUUCUCAUUUCGUACUACCGAAUUCCUCUCAAGCCGAGGGAGAAGAUGAUACGUGCAGUCAACAGAGCGCUGUCUGCGGUACGCAACAAGACACCGUGA